AGCGGAAGUUGUGCUGCCUCAGUAUUCCGGGUGAGCCCGCUUCCGGUGGUGAAGGCUGUCGGUGCUGGAGCGGAAAGGGAGCAGUUCCUGGUUUAGACUCUGCAUGUCUCAGCGGAUUCUUCAAUCUGAUGAUUGGAUUGAAAAGUCAAGUUUUUUUUUGGUCUACUCAUACAGCAGAUCCACUGUGGAGAAUGCUGUGCUGUUUUGGAUACCUGAUGAUAAAUUGCUACUCAUAACUCAAGAAAAUUGUGGGCAUCUGUCCAAAUCAUUUUUUACACACUGAUUUCAAAACCUGAACCUCUGGUAAUUCUCAUGUUUGUUAGUUGCAGGAAUUUGUGGUGUACAAAUUGGCUCUUAUUUUCUACAUUACAACAAUGAUUACAUUUCAAAAGAACUUUACUGAUUGUAAAGCACUGUGAGAUGUUCUGAGAAUGUGAAAGACGGUGUAUAUUGUGAGUUCUUCUUUCUUUGCUCAGUAUGCAGCCAUGGUCUAUAUUGGUUAAAAUAAGCAGUGACUGAGGAUGAGGCCUCGAUUGCUGACCUGGGAUGUAAAGGACACUCUGCUCCGAGUACGUCACACAGUCGGCGAGCAAUAUUCCUCAGAGGCCAAGCUGCAUGGGAUCCGGGUGGAGGCUGAGGCACUCGACAGGUCGUUCCUGGCAGCCCUCCGAACACAGAACAAGCUGCUCCCAAGCUAUGGUGUAAGCCAGGGCGUAAGCUCCCAGAAGUGGUGGGUGGAAACAGUCAAACAGACCUUUCGGCUCUGUGGGGUGAGAGAUGAACAGGUGCUGACUCCACUGGCAGAGAACCUGUAUCGUGGGUUCAGCAGUGCUAAGAACUGGGAGGUGUUUAAUGAUGUGAAGGACACCUUGAUUCACUGUGACAGGCUGGGCAUUCACAUGGCAGUCAUUUCCAACUUUGACCGCCGCCUGGAGCAGAUUUUAACCAACUGCAACCUGCGGCAGCAUUUCCAGUUUGUGCUAACAUCAGAGGACUUUGGAAUAGGCAAGCCAGACCCUCGUAUCUUUAUUAAGGCCCUGAGCCUUGCUCAGAUACAGCCCAAACAGGCCACUCACAUAGGUGAUGAUUUGCAGAAGGAUUAUCUAGCAGCCAGGGCCGUGGGAAUGGAGAGUUACUUGCUUUGCAGAGAGAAGGAGCAACCUGCUGGGGCAAAGGGGCUAGUGCCCAAAGCUCACAUUCUCCACUCUCUGCAGCAGCUAAUCGGCCUCCUGAAAUAACUGCCUUGCUAUAUGUGUCUCCAAACUUGUCAGGCCAUUGUUAAAUGUACCACAGGAAAGGGAAUGUGUUUUCACUGCGAGACAAUAAGAAUUCCAAGAUGCUAUCAUGUUGUUUGGUGAGGUUUUGCAUUGUCUCUUGGGGAGUUAGCAGUUGUGGGUUGAUGAAUUUGUACAUCUUACUGUGAUAUGUAGAGGGACUCUGUCAGCAUCCCCACUAGGUGCCAUCUCUGUGAAGAGCUGCACAAAGAAAUUCUGAAGUGUAAUGACAAUUAUACACUCCAUUGUAAAGUCUGGCAUUUUCUGGACGCAUCUUAUAAUAUAGAUCAAGUUACUUGCAAAGAGGAGCUGAAUGAUUAACGUUUCACUGUGGGUGACUUGUGGGAAUAUUUUAUUCAGGAUUCUAAAAUAAAGUUUUUCUUCACA